CCGGAGUUGAAACCCUCCCCGUGCUGCAUAAUGCGACCGCAUCAGGCCACAUCUUGGUACCGGCGGAUGUCCGUGCUAUAUGGGUUGGGCGCUUGGACCACUCUGGGCUCCUUGUUUUAUUUAAGCCGGAAAAAUCACAAGCCACCAGGUGAUGAAGUGGAGCAAAAGGAUGUCCCAAGAAAUGAAUUGCUUGAGCCCCCGAAAGGGUUUUACUUGGAAACAAUUGUCACAUACAAGGAAGAUUUUAUUCCAGUCACUGACAGGAUCGUCAACUUUUUGAAAUCGUGGACUGGUGGCCCUGGACGAGAAUCGUGAUUAACUGCAGAAUGCUGAAAACCGGGACUUUGGUUCAUUUCAUGGAUGCCUUGAUUUCCAAUUUAUGUUUACGAAAAGUGUAUCCAUUUAAUUUAAUUUUGCUGUAAAAUAUAAACACUCGUGGUAUGCAAUAAAUCCGUCCUUGAGGAAAAGUCAA